CGUCGUCCACCGGUCUCUCUAGCGGAGCUUCGACGCCCCCCUCCCCCCAUCCAUGGCGAACCCUAGCCGAUCCCUCUCCUCCUCCUCGAUCGACCCCUCCCUCGUCAUCUCCCACAAGUUCCCCGAGAGAUCCUUCUCCUAUACAGAGAGGGAUGUGGCGCUGUACGCUCUCGGCGUCGGAGCUUGCGGCGCCGAUCCGGUGGACGAAAAGGAGCUCAAGUAUGUUUACCAUCCGAAUGGGCAACCCUUCAUCCAGGUUUUGCCAACUUUUGCUGCUCUGUUUCCUUUCCAAAAGCUUAAUGGGCUUGGACUUGAAGGCAUCACUGGCCUACAAUAUGAUCCGAAACUGUUGUUGCAUGGUCAGCAAUACAUUGAGAUCUAUAGGCCUUUUCCUUCAAGUAGCAGCAUUGUAAACAAGGUAUCCAUCGCAGGCUUGCAUGACAAAGGGAAAGCUGCUAUUGUUGAGCUUGAAACCACUAGCUAUCUAAAGGACUCUGGUGAAGUUGUAUGCAUGAACAGGAGUACCAUUUACUUGCGUGGUUCCGGAGGCUUUUCAGAUUCCUCACAGCCGUAUUCAUAUGCAACUUAUCCUCCCAAUCAGAUUUCCCGUGUUUCAAUUCCAAAGACGUCACCUUCAGCAGUAUACGAAGACUGCACUCAAAAAUCUCAGGCUCUUCUAUAUAGGUUAUCAGGUGAUUACAAUCCUUUGCAUUCAGAUCCUAUGGUGGCACAGCCUGCAGGGUUCACUCGCCCUAUUCUUCAUGGAUUAUGUACUCUAGGUUUUGCAGUCAGAGCUGUCAUUAGAUCAUUUUGCAAUGGUGAACCAACUGCAGUCAAAACCAUCUUCGGUCGGUUUCUUUUGCAUGUUUACCCAGGAGAAACUCUAAUCACGGAAAUGUGGCUCGAAGGCCCAAGGGUGAUAUAUCAAACGACGGUGAAGGAACGAAACCGCGUCGUGCUCUCUGGCUAUGUUGAACUCGGACAUAUCUCUUCAUCAUUGUAAAUCAAAGGUCAGUUCUAGUGCUUAAUAUAAUGGCAAUAAAAUGCCUUUGGCUGUCGCAAUCAUCAUAUGUUACACCUAAUAGUGAUACCUUUAGAGGGCUGUUUGACCAUAGCUGGUAUUUGUUAUCGAGUAAACUUUUCAUA